AGCCAUGGUGAGCUACUGUCCGAUCUGCGGGAAGCCGGUCUACUUCGGUGAGAAGAAGAGGUCCUUAGGGCGAGAUUUUCACCCUCUGUGUUUGAAGUGCAUGAAAUGUAAGAGGCAGCUCACACCUGGCCAACAUGCAGAGCAUGAUGACAAGCCCUACUGCUCAAACUGCUACAUGAGGGACUUUGGCCCCAGAGGUACUAAAGCGCCGCUUCCUCGAGCACGUACCACUGCCACUUCCUAAGAAACAUCUCAGCAGCACUCCAACACCAACACAUCCCACCACCUUUGCAACCUAGAACCUAGAUCUUUGUCUUCCAUCUGCCAGAUCCCUAUUCCCCACAUGUACAUCAUCACCAACUGCAAGUUCAUAUCCACAU